AUGAAUAGAACAACAUUUUCAAUUAACAAAUCCCAGAAGCCCUGCGCUCCCUCGGUUCAUCACCAGGGGGCCUGGAAGGCCGUCUUUGUUCAGAAUCGGAAGCACAUAGGGCAGGUCUUGAAGAACCUUUACCUUCAUAGCUCACCCUCUUUCCGGCUUGUGGGGAAACCAAUCUGUUACGCUGUUAGCUUCGUGCAAAAGCUAACCUCGAAUUCAACUUGCAGUAUUUGGUUUCCGAAAAAAGGAAAAGAGAUGGAGUUGAAUUUGAAUUUCAUGAAAUGGAGGCCAAAUUGGCAACUCAGAAAAUGCUGCAACCACGACCAAGUAAUCUUCCUCAUCUCCGUUGCUGUCUGCACUGUUGUUAUACUUGUGCUGUGGAGGACAGUGCUGAUGACACCUUUUAAGCUUAUAACCGUGUUCCUUCACGAGGUGAGCCAUGCAAUCGCUUGUCUGCUUACAUGUGGUAAGUUUGAGACGGGUAAUGAUAAGAUUAGUCUGCAGGUGGAAGGGAUUAAAGUUCAGGCAGAUGAAGGUGGAGUCACACAAACCCGUGGCGGCAUAUCCUGGAUAAUUUUGCCAGCCGGAUGUAAUUUCGUUUUAUCCUUGGCCAUAUUUUAUGUUCAAUUAACAUGCACAUUGCAUCUGAUUUAA